AUAUAAUAAUGGCGGAAAUUUUCAAAAUCAAGCAGAUCAUAGGAAGUAUUGAGGGCUACGAGGAACACGAGGAAGUUGUGUUGAGUAUUACUAAGCUCCCGUUUGGACGAAAGGCAGGGCUAGGCAUUUCUGACGUCAUCAAAAUUGUUGAAAUUUUGGAAGGAGAUAAAGAAAUUCUACGUGUUCUCCGCAAUGUCGCUAUCAUCAUGGGGAAGCCUAGACCAGAAAACCACAAACCCCAAAUGAUCAGCAGAAGCGACGAGGAAAAAUGGUUUGGAUCUGUUAAAUGCACAACGAGGGAGAUAGUGUUGGAUACAUCCACUACGGAUAAGGAAGUAUCUCUCAAUGAAAUUUACAAGAAGCUUGCACAAGCAGAUAUCAAAGACGAGAACGAAUUUCUUGACUGCUUUAUGGCCAUGAUUUUAGUCCAGGGAUAUUCUAUGAAAAACUGGGCACAUCUAUCUGACUCGGAAAGUCCUUACAAAAGGAAUCGCAAAGUAGAUCAGGAAAAAAUUCUUAACUUUAUGGUAACAACCCUCAUAGACAGUGAUAUAAAAAUUGGAGAUGAUUAUAAAAAUAAACAAGAGGAUAUGAAGAAAUUUAUGUGA